AUAGUUUUAAGUGCAACAAGAGAGAGGUUAGGGAUAACGCAUAUUACUGACAUCCCAAAGUGGGCUCUCUCAGCAUCACAGGGAACAUGAGAGAAUGAACAGAUGGGAGGAUUUAUUGAAAGUCAAUGGUUAAGUGAAAGUCAGUAGAGCAUUAUGUAUUUAUUUAGUAGCAUGUAAGUAGGCAGGAGCAUUUACUUUCAUGUGUUUUGCUUCAUAAUAUUUUUUAAGGGUUAUGCAACAUGUUUCACCACAGUCGUCCAGGGAGCAUAGUAGAUGGUAACAGCAUCAUGUUAGCAGACUGCAACGGACUGGCUUCUGUGGUAAGGUCCAGGUCAUUUAAAAAAAAAAUUUUUUUAUUGAUGCUGAGAACAGGAACAUAACAAAGGAGAAAGUAUAGCUAGACCCCACUUCUAAAUGACGUCAAUUGGAUGCGGCGGAAAACCGUCUGGAUUCGUUGUAAACAAGCGCGAGCUUUCAUUGAAAGGGGAAGUGUUUAUAUUUGUAUUCUAGGUAUUCGUUUCAAAUCAUUUAAUACAUAGAACUCCGAUAAUUGUUAUCUCUUUCGUAUUAACUUUGAAAAUAAACGGUAGAGGCUAUACACAGUGGACCAGUGCUUUUGAAAAGAGAUGAGAGACAGUGGAGGCAGCUUUGCACAGAACCACUGGACCAAUGAGCUGACAUGUGCAGGGGUCCCAGAGACAAGCAUACUGGAGGCCACUGGGUCAGAGCUUGUAUUGGAUCCUACUGCGCCUCAACAUGUCCAUAGUUGUUCUGUGUAUCUCAGGCUAGAGCAGCAUGAGAAUGAACCCAUCAUGUUUGGGAUGGAAAAUCAUAUUGGCGUGGAUCAGGAAGAAGAAGGUUUCAAUUGGGGAGAACAAGGAGAGGAUGAUUGGACAGCACCACUUCUUUCACCAUCCCAUCAUCAGAUUAGACACACACUCCGGGACUAUGGUAGCCCCUCGCAAAUAAAUAUUCAGCCCAAUGAGUUUAGGGUGCGGAGGCUGCCACGCUGGCACAGCCUGAACAGGACUGUAUACCUUCGCACUUGCCUGUCCUUGCACUGGAGGACUUGGUGCCAGUGGGCUAAACGGGCAGGAAAGAGAGGUCGGGGGUACGGGCGAGCUAGGGCAAGAUGGCAGCACUGCAGGAGCAGAAACCGAAAACUCCACAGCAGACAGAAGCCAGGGCUGUCCCGUUUGAAUGGAGGAUCUAAGAGCUGCUUUCAGAGGGAAGAUCGAGAAGGAGACGACCCAUGGGCGAUUGCGACAAAUGGACAAGUAUUAAAUGAUGUGGCGAGCUGUGCAGCUAAGGUUGAGGAGAGGGACAGGAUGGGUUUCCGGGAUUCUCCUACAGGCCUGCCAACCAUCCCAAGGAGUAAACCCCAUCCCCAGAAGCAACUCAGCGGCGAACACAUCUCCUGUGUACAAGGUAUGUUGGAAGAGUUUCUGCAGCAGUACGGCAGCAUGAUCCCCAUCCAUGUGGAUGAGGUGGUGGAUAAGCUGCAGGAGAUCUUCCCCAGCGAGAGCUUCUCUGAUUCACACAGGAAAGUGGUUGUGCAGCAUCUCAUCCAGUCGUACCAACGUCUUUCUGGUACUGCAAUGGCCAGGGGUUUCCGUGUCAACUAUAAGCGUCAUGUCCUCACAAUGGAUGAUCUUAGCACGCUGAACGGACAGAAUUGGCUAAAUGACCAGAUCAUGAACAUGUAUGGGGAUUUGGUCAUGGACACAGUUCCAAAAGAGGUCCAUUUUUUCAACAGCUUUUUUUAUGACAAGCUUAGGACAAAUGGCUAUGACGGGGUCAAGCGGUGGACGAAAAAUGUGGAUAUAUUUCAGAAAAGGUUACUGUUGAUCCCCAUUCACUUGGAGGUGCACUGGUCUCUGGUGUGUGUGGAUAUCCCACAGCGUGCCAUCACAUACUUUGACUCCCAACGCACCCUCAACCGGCGCUGCCCUAAGCACAUUGCAAAAUACUUACAAGCUGAAGCAUUCAAGAAAGAGCAGAAGGAUUUUAUAGAAGGGUGGAAGGGUUUCUUCAAAAUGAACGUGGGCAGGCAGAACAAUGAUAGCGACUGCGGUGCAUUUGUCCUACAGUACUGUAAGUGCCUAGCCUUGGAACAGCCUUUUAGAUUUGGCCAGCUGGACAUGCCUAAGCUAAGGAGAUUAAUGUACAAAGAGUUGUGUCAUUGCAAGCUCUUGCUGUGAGCUUGACUGGAACAUCUAUUCCAAAAUACAAGAAGGUGAUUUUACACUGUGAAAUAUGUAUUUUUAUUAACCAGAUUUCCAUUCAACAUUUCUAGCAAAUAAAAUACAGGAUAAAAAACAGCCCUAAUCAGUUAGCCUAUACUGGUUGUUUCAGUAUUUUACAGAAUAUAAAUUGUUUAUAACAUUACAGUUAUUUGUUUUACUUAUAAAAGAACUACAUUUGACUCCCAAUAUAUUUUGAUAAACAAAUUCCACAACUGAAUUGUUGGUCCUCAAGAUAUUUUGGUGGUCCACAGAAUGGGAAAGAUUGGGAAUACUAGAGUAGCUGACUCGCACCUUGUGAGCUCUCUGCUAGCACCAUUUGUUGAUAAUUUUUUGAAGUCAUGACUGAAACCAGAGUGGGCACAUUUGCUAUUUAACCCUUUUUGUGACAAACAACAGUGGUAGAUGUCAUGGAAAUAACAUCUAUGAGCUUUCGAUAUGUAUUUGGCACAUGAGCAAUUUAAGUAACUUAGACAUUUCUGAAUGUGCACUACAUCAACGUGCACUUUUUAAAAUCUGCAACUAAUGCAUAUUUUCUUGAUUUGAAAAAUGAUAAUUUGCAUGAAAAUAAUUUGCCAGUUAGAUGGAAACCAGUGUUGGAAAUAAAAUUCCCUUACAUUUAAAUUUUAACAUGUUGGACCACAAAUGUACAUUCAGUUGAUUUGGAUUAAAUUUAUGAACCGUUGUUUGUAAUUGUAUCUAUCUUGUUCAAAGGUAAUGGCUGGUGGAGUUCAUACAAAUGUGAAGUUACUGUUUUUUAUUUGUUGUGACAAGUAACUAAUAAAGAUUAAAAUGUUAUCAUCCAUUAGAUUUUAAUCCACAA